AAUGAUGGAGGAGAGCCCCACCAAGGAGCCCUGCGAUCAACGCCGCACCUUUCAGUUAGGGGACCCUCUAGGGGAAGUGGCUCAGCGGUUACUAACCGAGGGCACUCCCUAUCCAGGAGAUGAGGUGACGGAUAGAGACACUUAUGAUCUGGGAAGAUUCUCGGUCUACCGUGUCUCAGACCACGAACAUGUCAUCACUGACAGCUACCGGUGGUUGGAGGACGAUGUUUGGAUCCCCACGUCGUUCCUACUCGACACCAAAUUCUGUGUUGCGGACUGGUACGCGGAUCAGAGAGGACAGUCAGCAGGGUUCCCCCAAAACGAGUGUGAGGAAUACUACUCGUACUUACCAAUGGGGGAUGCCAUAGGGGACAGGGUAGAGGAACUCUUGAACAUGGGACAGCCGUACCCCUGUGAGGUAAACCUAACGACUGAAAGAACUGAAGGGCGAUUCAUCUGCUUGCCGUAACUUUCUGUAAUGGAGGGACGAGAAUAUUACCAAGUGAUUGACAAAAACCUACAGUUCGAUCUGGAUGUACCGGUGGAGUUCUUCUGUAAUGAGAGGCUUUACAUCA